UUGAAUUUUUUUUUUCAACAUCUAACAAAAAUAUGUCCUUAAAGCCCGAAACCCUGCGAGGUCAUAACUAUAAAAAUCCGUAACAUUUGAUAAAACCCAUCACCAUCACCAUCAACCCCUUCUGGAAAAGGAAAAGGAAAAGAAAAUGUCAACCGUCGUCGUGUUGGACAACGGCGGAGGACUGAUAAAAGCCGGUAACGGUGGUGAGCGGGACCCCGCGGCCGUCAUGCCGAAUUGUCUAUACCGGCCUCUUUCCUCUAAAAAAUUCAUCCACCCCUCACCCACCGCCGACCUUGACCUCACUUCCGCGGCUGUCCGCCGACCCAUGGACCGCGGGUACCUUAUAAACCCAGAUGUCGAGCGGGAGAUCUGGUCCCACCUCUUCUCCUCGAUCCUCCACGUGAACCCAGCUUCGUCGUCACUGCUGCUGACGGAGGGUCCCCUUGCCCUCCCCUCCAUCCAGCGCUCCACUGACGAGCUGGUCUUCGAGGAUUUUGGGUUCUCUGCCCUGUACGUGGCCCAGUCAUCUUCACUCGUCCACCUCUACGAGGCCAGUCGCCGGCCCGAUGAACUCCUCGCCAAAACUCAGUGUAGCCUAGUCGUCGACUCCGGCUUCUCCUUCACCCAUGCUUCUCCGGUGUUCGACAACUUCACCCUCAAUUAUGCCGUCAAGAGGAUCGAUCUCGGUGGCAAGGCCCUUACCAAUUACUUGAAGGAGCUCGUAUCCUUCCGUUCCAUCAAUGUAAUGGAUGAAACUUUUAUUAUCGACGAUGUCAAGGAGAAGCUCUGCUUUGUCUCCCUCGAUGUCGCCCGCGACCUCCAGAUUGGCAGGAAACUGGGGAGAGACAACCUCUUUCGAUGCACCUACGUUCUUCCUGAUGGAGUCACGCACACAAAGGGCUAUGUCAAAGACCCUGAUGCUGCAAAGAGAUAUCUCAAUCCGAUAGAAGCGAAGGACACACUGCAGCCAGACACCAUGGGCAAGCUGGAGGACAGAAAGAGAAUUGAUUUGUCAAAAAACGAGUUUGACUUGACAAAUGAACGAUUUCUUGUUCCAGAAAUGAUCUUCCAACCUGCAGAUUUGGGAAUAAAUCAGGCUGGACUUGCCGAGUGCAUUGUUAGAGCUAUUAAUUCAUGCCAUCCUUAUCUACAUCCUGUACUUUAUCAAAGCAUCAUCUUAACUGGUGGAAGCACUUUAUUUCCUCACUUUGCCGAGAGACUAGAAAUGGAGCUCAGACCUCUUGUCCCCGAUGACUAUAAAGUGAAGAUAAUAACUCAAGAAGAUUCCAUCUCAGGUGUGUGGCGUGGAGGCUCACUUCUGGCAUCCAGUCCUGAUUUCAAAUCAAUGUGUGUCACCAAGGCUGAAUAUGAGGAGCUUGGAUCUGCUCGAUGUCGCAGGAGAUUCUGUUAUUGAGUACUCGGGAUCAACCUUGAAGAAGAUUAAUGUUGGAAGAAACUGCAUACGAUCACUGGUUGAUCAACUCGGAUAAGGUUUUAGCCAAAGAAGAGAUGAACUCUUUUUUGUUUCCUGUGCCUAUAUGGGCGCAAAGCCAAUCUAGAAAUGUUUUGUUAGAGAAUUGAUUUGUAAUAUGACUUCAUUAUCUUCCAUAUUUUCUUCCCGGAACAUGUAUUUUUUAACCUAUUUCUGGUUUCUGCAUUGAGAAAAUUUAUGCGUUGACAGAGAAAAAAGGAAACAAGUUUUUGUAAUGCCGACCAAAAAACUUGGGAAAGGAAAA